AAAAUACAAAAUAUUAAAAAUUUCAGUUUGUAGCAACAGCGUGUCAAAAGGAAUAAACAUGAAGUUAUCAAAUCUUGUUGGAUUAACAUACGUCGUUGUGAUUUUUGUAUUCCUGUGUCAUUUAACACAGGCAAAGCAGUACGAUAGCAGUAAUACUGAUAGUACAUAUCCAAAUAAUGAAUGGAGGCGUCGACAUGUUCCUGUUAAUGAUACAGACUCUGCUGCAGAUCGUACUCAAAGAUUAGGUUUUGGAACAUCUGGCUAUGGAAAUUCUCUCGGAUAUGGAUAUGGAGGUUCAACAAAUUAUGGAGUUGGAAAUUAUGGAACUAAAAUUGAUCUUGGUGCAGUUGUUUUGGGAACAAUCAUUGGAAUUGGUGCCUUAUUAAUACUUCCAAAAGUUGUUGGAGCAGUUUCAGGACAUGGCGGUUACUACAGAAGCAAUGACGAAACAGGAGUAUCCGACAUGCUGAAUCGUUUCGAUGAUUUCCUUGCUCAACAUAAUGUCGACUCAAAUGCUUGCAUGCAGAAAGCAGUUUGCCAUUUUGUUCGUUCAUCCGAUUAUCACAAUAGAGUUGGAACUGCAGACCAAAUUGAAUCAGUGAUUACAACUUUGUCAGAAAAUUCAAUUGUUGAAUAUAUGCUAGACGGAACGGCAAUCAAGGAAGCAAUUGAAAACGCAAAGAGUCCAACAGGAAGAGAUUGUGAUGCUAUCUAUUUGGCAUGUCCAUUGGAUAGACAAGCAGCAUUGCAAUUGAUGAAGAAGUUCUUACCCUUACCAGGACGUAACAACAAGUAAAAUGAAACAGUCUAAAAUUUAGUGCAAAAUGAUGACAAUACUCGAUAGUUUGGUCUGGACAAUUCUUGGCAUUCUUUGGAUUCUCUUAAAAAAAUUAUUUUAGUGAUACGAUGAGAACAAUGUCUAUGCACACAAUUUAUUCUAGUUCAAUUCCUUUCAAAUAAUGGAAAUAAUUACCUCAUUUCUCAUUGCAUCACUGGAUGUCUCAAAAAUCUUAUAGUUUAAUUUUUA